AUGGACGCAAUUAGUGUCUUCAUUUUAGAUAAUGAAACAGACGAAAUGGGCUCAGGUGACUAUGACUCCAUAAAGGAACCCUGCUUUGGGGAAGAAAACGCCAAUUUUAACCGAUUCUUUCUGCCCACCAUCUACUCCAUCAUUUUCCUGACUGGCAUAGUCGGGAAUGGACUGGUUAUUCUGGUCAUGGGUUACCAGAAGAAACUGAGGAGCAUGACGGACAAGUACAGGCUGCACCUGUCGGUGGCAGACCUCCUCUUUGUCCUCACACUUCCCUUCUGGGCCGCUGACGCAGUGGCAGGCUGGUACUUUGGGAAGUUCCUGUGUAAAGCAGUCCACAUCAUCUACACGGUCAACCUCUACAGUAGCGUCCUCAUCCUAGCCUUCAUCAGUCUGGACAGAUACCUCGCCAUUGUCCAUGCCACCAACAGCCAGAGGCCAAGGAAGCUGUUGGCUGAGAAGGUGGUUUAUGUUGGUGUCUGGCUGCCUGCUCUGCUGUUGACUAUUCCAGACUUCAUCUUCGCAAAUGUCAGUGUAUCCGAAGAGAAAUAUAUCUGUGACCGCCUCUACCCUAACAGCUUGUGGAUGGUGGUGUUCCACUUCCAACACAUCAUGGUUGGCCUCAUCCUGCCGGGGAUUGUCAUCCUGUCCUGCUAUUGCAUUAUCAUCUCCAAGCUGUCACAUUCCAAGGGCCACCAGAAGCGCAAGGCCCUCAAGACCACUGUCAUUCUCAUCCUGGCUUUCUUUGCCUGCUGGCUGCCCUACUAUGUUGGAAUCAGCAUCGACUCCUUCAUCCUCCUGGAAAUCAUCAAACAAGGUUGUGAGUUUGAGAACACCGUGCACAAGUGGAUCUCCAUCACCGAGGCCCUUGCUUUUUUCCACUGUUGCCUGAAUCCCAUCCUCUAUGCCUUCCUUGGGGCCAAAUUUAAAACCUCUGCCCAACACGCACUGACCUCUGUGAGCAGGGGGUCCAGCCUCAAGAUUCUCUCUAAAGGAAAGCGUGGUGGACAUUCUUCAGUCUCAACUGAGUCAGAAUCUUCAAGUUUUCAUUCUAGCUAACACAGAUGGGAAAAAGACUUUGAGGGUUUUUUUGAUACUAUAAAGAACUGGUUUUUUACGUUACACAUUUUUUCCGAUGUCAAAGACUGACCAAUAUUGUACAGGUUUUUUUUUAUUGGCUGUUGGAUUUUGUCCCGUGUUAGUU